GGGAAACUGAGGCAAGGAAGACUUCAGUGAUUUCUCCAAAGUCUCAACAGUUUUCUUCUUGCCAGAAAGUUAAGAAAAUCACAAAGCAAAUGUCAGAUCUCAAUCUGGAUAGUACCACAGAUGUGGAAGUUGUUACAGAUGCUGAAGAAGAACUUAUGAAAGAAUGUGAAGAAUUGUGGAAAGGUUUAGAAGAUUGUCAGAAAAAGUUAUUGCUUUUUGGAACGGAGACACUCACGGAUUCAAAUGCUCAGCUUUCAGUAUCACUUAUGCAAAUGAAAUGUUUGACUGCUGAGCUCAGUCAGUUGCAAAAAGAAACACCUACAGUUGUUCCUCUUAAUGAAGAUAUGCUGGUAACAUUAGGAAAAGAAGAGUUUCAAAAAUUGCGGCAUGAUCUUGAAAUGGUGCUAUCUUGUAUUCAGUCAAAGAAUGCAAAGUUAAAGGAAGACUUACAGAGGCAGCAACAGUGGCUGGAUGAACAGGAGCAGAUAAAGGAAACUCUGAAUGUAGUGUACAGUGAGUUGAAAAAUCAGGUUGCAACAUUUCCUGAAUCAAGGGUCUUUAAUGAGCUGAAAACAAAAAUUCUUAACAUAAAAAAAUACAAGAAGAAACUUUUAACUGCCUUGGGUGAGUUUCUGGAAGACCACUUCCCGCUCCCUGAUAAAAGUGCUAAGAAGAAAAAGAGAAAUGUUAAAGAAUCAACUGCACAACUGAUAACAUUGCAUGAAAUAUUAGAGACUCUUAUAAAUAGGUUAUUUGAUGCUCCACAUAAUCCAUAUGUCAAAAUUACUGAUUCCUUUUGGCCUCCUUAUAUUGAACUGCUGCUGCGUAAUGGAAUUGCCUUGAGACAUCCAGAAGAUCCAACUCAAAUACGAUUGGAAGCCUUCCAUCAGUAAUCGAAUGGCCUCUUUCACACAGUAAAGAGUCCUGUCAUUCAAGGAUAUUAGAAACAUGGUACAAAGAACAUUAUUUGCAAAUGACAACACGUAGUCCAUCUUCCUUUUAUCCUUAAAUGAUGCAUGUCACCACCCAUUAUUUGUUGCUAAGUGGGCCUUUCUAAGUAAUUUGAUAUCUUAAACUGUAUGGGCAAAAAUGCAAAUGAAAUAUUCCAGACUCAUACAACAUUUAAUGUACCUUACAUCAUGCAAUAUUCUUUGGGAAAUUCUUUGUUAAUUUAUGAUAUUGCUAAUACUUUUCUUUUAAAAUUUAUGUAUCUGUGUAUUUUGAGUUCCACCUGGUACUUAGCUCCUUUAUAUUUGGCAGGUGUAAUGCAAAGGUGAUUCAAUUUGCAGAUGGUUUCUAAGUCGAAGUAUUAUCCAUAGAAGACUGCAUACUUUUAAGAGUUUAUCAAAUUGGUUUCAUGUCUACUACCAUAUUUCUAGAUUGGCUAAAAAUUGUGAUAAAAAGAGCUAAUGGGUGAAGAUUGCCUAAAAAAUGCAUUUUAAUAUGUAGUAUGCCAAAUGACAUGAUUAAUCUGCUCUUGAUUCU